GCUCAGCUCUUUUUAGUUGUUUUUCAACAUUGUCACAAAAUGUGGUCGACCUUCCUGGUGACUGAUGAGGAGGGCCGCACGGUGAGUCCUGCAGCAGCGGGAACGGUGGGGGGCGCCGCACUAGGAGGACCAUCCCAGGGUCCGGUGGGUCUGACAAACCUGAUGAGUGGACGGAGUACCUUUGGAGGGAACAAGCGUCGCAGGACAACAUCGACAGGGCACGCCAUGAGUGAGGCGCAGGAAGGGAAGAUCAAGUUGGCGUUCUUCGUGGCCAUCGUUGGCGUCGUCCUGACCGUCCUCGGGGUCGGGACAGAGUUCUGGGUGGAGCUUUCGCCCUCCAAGAGUUUCUAUAACAACCAGACAUGUCUUACUGCUCACUACGGCCUGUGGAAAGGCUGCUCCAAGACCCUGUGGGUGGCUGAUAUCGACCCAGAGAGAGAGAGCUGUGGACCUGCUGAACUACCCGGAGAAACAAACUGCACCUACUUCAAGUUUUUCACCACGGGGGAAAACGCUGUGUUGUUUCAGAAGACGACCAAAAAGAGUCUGAACGUAGCGGCGGCCAUGUUGGCUAUGUUCAGCCUGUUCCUGAUGGUGAUGGGGUCCAUAUGCAUCACCAUGGCGCUCAGCAAAGAGAUUCUGUUCUUCCUGAAGCCGGGCUCCGUCUGCUUCAUUCUGUCAGGUGUCAUGGUGCUCCUCUCUCUCUUGGUGUUCCAUCAGUCCGUCCUGGCCUUCCUGGCCAGCGACCACACGGUCACCCUCCACCACGAGCUCUCCUGGUCGGUGUCGUGUAUCGGCUGUGCGGGGGCGGUCCUCAUCGUGGGCGGGAUCCUCUUCCUGCUGCUGGCUCUGCCGUACAGCCCCUGGCGGCGGUGUCUCCCUCAGAAGGACAGCAGCAGCAGCAGCUAGUGGCCUGGAGGUGGAGUUGCACUUUCAUCAGCCCCUUUUCUGUUUGGGAGGCGGGACGGUGCAGAGAGGGGCGAGGAGGUUUCCCAAAUAUGUUUGAGCAUUGAGAUCGUUUUAUCUGUGAUUUUAAAGGAACAACGAGAACUUUUACAGAGAUUCACCGACAUGUCCCAUGCACAGAAAAAUGACUUCUCUUUGUGCGUCAUUAU